UGGAGAGUGACAGAGGAAGUGAUCAGGGUGUCCUACAGGGGGCUAGAUGCCAAAAACAGAAAUAGUAAACAUGAAAGUGAGAAGGAGGGCGUGAGAUUAAAGCGUCUGUUUAGCGUUCAACGGCCUCCAUAUAUCAAACCCUUGCAGUUAUUUGUGUCUCCUUACCCAGAGUUUGGAUCGGACCGGUGAGAUCCGGGUAAGGAUCAUCAUGUAUAACAACAACAGCACACCGUCAGUGCCCCGUUCAUCUGAGACUGGAAAUUCAGUCAGAAGUUCAGCGUUUAACCCGGGUGAACCGCUGCGACAGCCGCGCACGUCUCCACCGAUCGGUGACGCGAGCUCAGAUGGCAGAGGGUCUCAGAUAACUUCAAAUGUACGGGAAAGUAACAAUAGUGGGACUGCCUUAAAAACUGCAGAUUCACUGGCCAAAAACUCCAAUCUGUCCGCUGCAGCAGCAGAGUUCAUCCCAAGCGGCUAUGCAUCAUACCAGGAUGAUGUGUAUUCAGAUGGACCUGAAAGUUACUAUCCUGAUGUCUCACUGGCUGAUUUCGUGCAUGAUUUUGUAAGCCAUUUGGCCUCAUCUCCGGGGUCCUUCGAGUCCGAAAUCGAUUACAUCACUGACACACUGAACGGCUUGGUCACCACAGAGGAAACACUGCAGGAGUUGGUUGAGCUCAUCUAUGUACAGUCCACAACCAUCCCUAACUUUGCUUAUACUGGGGCUCGACUCUCUAACCAUCUGUCCCAACACAUCAUCUUCAGUCCACCCAGUGGGAACUUCCGUCAGCUGCUGCUAAUAAGAUGUCAGACAGAGUUUAACCAGAGAGAGCAAGCUGUCAGGGGAGACAAGGACACCCAGAAAAGGUUUCAUUCGUAUGUGCUGUUUCUAGGAGAACUUUACCUAAACUUAGAGGUCAAAAGUAAAAAAGGCACACCGGGGCGAGCUGACGUCUUGCUGGGAGCCCUAAAAGAUCUUUUGAACACGCUAUUCUCUCACCCUGACGACCCAAACCUAAUCUGCGCUGUCAAAUUACUCAAGCUGAGCGGUUCGAUUCUAGAGGACACAUGGAAAGAUAAAAAAACAUCAGACAUGAAUGACAUCAUCAAGAAAAUUGAAGAGAUUUUGUUAGAUGCCAAAUGUAGCAGAGAUGUUAGACAGAUGCUGCUGAAGCUGGUGGAGUUGCAGUCGAGUAACUGGGGGCGAGUUCACACAGCUGCUGUCUCGUAUGAUGCUACACCUGACAACGACCCAAACUACUUUAUGAAUGAACCAACCUUUUACACAACAGAUGGGAAACCUUUCACAGCUGCCGAUCCUGACUAUUCAGAGAAAUAUCAGGAGAUUCUAGACAGAGAAGAUUAUUUCCCUGACGCAUGUGAAGAGAAUGGUGCUGAAUCUUUUGACGGUGAUGAUGACGAAAUGGAUCCUGAGAUCGAGGAGGCGUUUGAGAGAUUUUGUAUGGAAUCGGAGAAUAAAAGGAAAUGAGAUCUGUGGAUGUUACCAUUCAACCGGCGGGAAUGUUACAGAGUUGGCGGAACCAAAAAGUUUUUUGGUGAUUUUUGUUUUGUUUUGUUUGUUUAGUUGUUUGAUUUCUCAACAAGAACUACAUGUCUACACUUUCAUUGGAUAUAAUAGCAGAGUUUAUUGUUUGAUUGUAACAUAACAAUUGGCAAGGCAAUCAAACCAUCAAGUUUCGGGUAGCCGGUUUAGCGUGUGGCUCGUGAGGUUUAUCGUUUUAUUUGUGUUUUGAUUCGUCUGACAUCCAAAAAACGUUUGCGGUGAGAUUUUAAUAUAAGCCGAAGAGUAGCAGCAUAAAGUGUAUGAGGUUUGUUUGCAAAUUAUUUCCUGAAUAUCGAUGUAAUUGUAGGAGAUGUGGAAUGUCACCUUGGUUUGUUUGUUUUCAAUCCUUAAGGCUUGUCUGUUUCAGUUCUGUUUGGAAUACAAAAUUCUUAACAGAACGCAGUGGGAAAGAUAACAAUGUUUAUGAAUGCUCUUCCUUUCAGAGAUCCAAUGCAAACUAAUUUUGAAUUAGUAGUAACCUGCUUCAUGGUCACUUUGGCUUUCUGAAUGCAGGAAUAAAGUUUCCACAAGUGUCAAAUAGCUGAGAAUAAGCUCUGCGCGGUUUAAGGAGUUCACACGGAUUCAUCACCACUGUGAUUUUUCUUAACUAUUAUCAUCACUAACAUCUCACAGAUCCCUUAUAAAGGAAUGUUUAUUUUAAUAUAGUUGUAAAUAUUAUUUACUGCAUUGUUUGCCUGCAAUAAAUCUUUUUCAAAACAA